AUGUCUGAGGGGAACAUCAUUCUCUGGCGAGUGCAGAUCUGCUCAAGAUUUGUACUUCGCUUCGAGCAACCCAACGGUGGAAUUCCUGACGACUCGGAUAAGUCGGCUAGGAAGAUGCGUUCUGGGAUCUUCGUGCCGCUUACCCUCUUGGGCUCUGCGGGUGCCUCCAUCGUACCGCAGUUGAGACGAUCUCAGCCAGUGACCUGUGGUCAAGAUUCAGUCUCCGAGUAUGAGAAGGAGGCACUGGCAAGCCGACUGCGGGCCAGCACAAAAUCAAGCGAUCUGACCUCACGAGCCGACGAAGUUAUCGAUGUCAAUGUCUACCAGCAUGUCGUUGCGUUCAAUGAGACCUUGGAAGGUGGCUAUCUUUCAAAUGAUACCAUGAAUGCACAGUUUCAGCUGCUUCAGGACUCAUUUGCACCGUAUAGUUUCAACCUGAAGCUAGCAGAGACUCAAUGGGUCGUCAACAAGACUCUCGCCUCCGUCAACAAAGGGGACGACAUCGAGAAUGUCGUUAAGCAAGCUCUCCGGAAAGGCACUUAUGCCGACCUGAACAUUUUCUACGUCGCAUACAUCACAGUCGGCCCCGGGAACGAAGGUACCGGCUGGUCAACGUGGCCAUGGGGCAACGCCACUUGGACUCCCAACGGCACAGCGGAGCCCACGGACUUCGACAAGUCUAUAGAUGGAUGUUUCGUGAGCUCUGCGACAACUCCUAACGGCACAAAUGAUUGGGGCUACAACCAGGGCAAGAUUGCUGUGCAUGAGGCUGGCCACUGGUUCGGGCUGUUCCACGUCUUCGAGGGUGGCUGCUCGGGCCCAGGCGAUUAUGUAAAUGAUACCUUCCCCCAGGGGGGCUAUACAUACACUGUUCAGGGCAUGUGCGAAGAUACCAGGCCGGGUUGCUUCUUGGGCACUGAUCCUCCUAACUACAAGAAUCAUAUGGAUUAUUCAGAUGACCCAUGUCGUGUCGAGUUCACCAAGGGACAAGAGGCUCGCAUGCGCUUGAUGUGGGACGAGUUCCGAGCAACCAAAGAGUAA